CCGCCCGCCCGCCAGCCAGUCAGUAGUAGGGGGACUCGACGCCGAGAGCUUCAGGCGGUGUGUACCUAGUGCGGGACACCGAAAUGUCUCCAUGAAGACCUGCUAACAUCUUAAACCGACGAAAUUACCAACUGUCUCUUGUCUUGGUGAUCGUUUAGCGACAUAUUCAGAUUGAACGAUGUGAUUGUGAUCGGAGGCAGCCGCACUCCAAUGGUCCAGAACCUCACCGUAAUUCACUAGAAUGUACUUGAUGAAUGUAUCUCCUGUUGCAGCGACACACACAGAAUGGAGAACCUGUGGCCCAACCCGAGGCUAUAGCCCUCUACUGUGCUUCAAUGACUCUGACACUAUGUUGUCCACCAGAGUCUCACCUAUCCAGGAUAAGGUCCAGAUGAUCAUAGAGAGCCUGAGGAGCACCCAGUCCUCAGUCGACAUGGGCGACGAGAUGGAGGGAAAUGUGUUAUCAGGACAGGAGCUUCAUCCCCAGGUCUGCAAAGUGGCAAUGAAUCCCUUUGUGGGGCACAAGUCCAAAACCAAAGGUCCUACUGAAAACCAACAAACAGAUGUUUCCUCUCUGAGCAAAUCUCAGAGCCAUGAUUCUGACAGUGAUGAUUCUGUGGACAGAGGGAUUGAGGAGGCCAUUCUGGAAUACCUGAAGGAAAAGGAUGACUAUAAGCGCAAGGCAGAACCAUCCUCAAAUUUUCUCCACUCAUCCAAAAUCCCCAGGAAAAAUCCACCUACCCCUGAGUUUUCCAAACAACAUUCCGACAGCAAUAAGGUGUUGACUGCCAGUACCCAGUUUCCAAAAAGUGUCAAGGUUGAAACCCCCACAGCAACAGCUAGUGUGCCCGCAAAAAAGUGUCUAAAAGACAAGCUCCCCUUCAAGGAGAAUCCUGGUAAGAGAACAGAUACAAAUAAAAGUACUACAGUCAAAAGUAUGUCAUUGUCCAAAGAGCAGACAAAAAUCUCCUCUAAGACAAACAGCUUUUUUCACAAAGUACAAUGCCCAGUCACAGUCAAGGUCGAGGAAGAGUCGCUUGACUCCAGUAGUGAUGAUGGGAUUGAGGAAGCCAUUCAAAGAUACCAGUUAGAGAAAAGGGAGACACAGAAUAGAAGGGAAGCUCCAAAGACACACGUGGUGAAAGAGGAGUCUGACUCCACUAGUGAUGAUGGGAUUGAGGAAGCUAUUCGCUGCUACCAGCUUGAGCAGCUAAAAGAGAAAAGUGUCCUGAAACCGUUCUUGCAUAAGCAGAAACCUCUAAACAAGUCAUCAGUACACCCUGUAGGGAGUUCAAGCACAGAAAAUGUAAAGAAACACAAAUCCAAGAAAAAAAAGAUUAGAACAGAGAAGGAAGUCAGAUCGGUUCUACCUCUGCCUUCAUCUGUUUGCAUACCCAAGAAUACGCUUACAAACAGCCCAAAAGGAAAAGGAAAUGGACUGCUUUCAUCUAGAGUGGAAACUUUUAGGGAACAACUCACCCCAGUUACUUCAAAGGUAAAUACAACUGCAGAACUAAUGUGUGCUGAGGCAAUACUGGACAUUUCAAAAGCUGUUAUGCCUGGAGCAUUCAAUCCCAAUGUCGGCCCUAGCAGCUGUAUCCCCAUUCAGUCCUCAUCUCUCCCUUCUAACCAUCCAGAUGAUGGAAGUGAUGACAGUUCCAUUGACAGUGAAGAUGGGAUUGAGCAAGAAAUCAGGAAAUUCCUUGAACAGAAGGCCCAAAUGCACCAGCAGAUACCCAGUUCUGCUACUGUCACUACAGAGACAGGUAGCAUGAAUGAGCUGGAUAAAGUAAAAAUUAAGCCACCUGUAACUCAGAAGAAACCACUGAAGUUGUCUUUGACACAGAGAAGAAAACUUAAAGAUGAAGGCAACAGUAUUUCCAGAGAGUCAGUGAUGGGAGAGAAAAUUGAAGAUGUAACCAUUAAAUCUGUGCCUGAGCAUGGAGGAGAAUUAAGUCCAUUGGUGUUUUUGCAGAGAAAUCAAAUGCAAUCAUUAACUGGAUUACAAAAGACAGAGCAAAGUGGAGAAAAAAGCAGCUCCCUUGACAGUGAUGAGGACCUAGACACAGCGAUAAAAGACCUACUCAAAACAAAAAAGAAGAUGAAGAAAAAAAGAGGCUUAAAACUAAAAUCAAAGAAGUGCCCCAAGGAUGCGGGACCUUUGCUAGGGAACACUUUACAAACAAAAAUGAUAAAACCUGAUCCCACAUCCAAGCAUGGUGGUUUGAAAAGAGUUCACACGAGUAGGGAUGACAUGAGAGAGAGAUCUAAAUUGAGUAAGAAGAGCAUCUCACAGCACAGACAAACUAAUAAGAGGAAAGAACAUGUUAAACACACAAGUGAAACAGACAAAUUUAAAGGGACUGGGGGUCAAGACACCUCAUCACUACACAAUGCUCAGUCUGUUCAGAUACAGGAAGAUAGCAGUUCAGUAGACAGUGAUGACAGCAUUGAGCAAGAGAUCAGAAAGUUCCUGGCCGAAAAGGCCAAGGUUUCCACUACAGAGAAAACUAAAGAUGGAGAUGUAGCAAAGAACGGUAAUGUUGAGGUUUGUACCCCACUUCAAGGAAAAGAUGCUAAAUUGGAAAAUCAGCUGGCUGAAAUUCCAAGGAAAUGCAUUACUCCUGUCCCCGGCCAAUCCAUGCUGAGUAGUCCUGAAAGUAAAUUAUCUCAGGAUAGAGAGCCAUUUCCAACUCCACAUAUUUCUCUAUCCAACAACUCCAGCUCCACCCAUACUGUCUGUGCACAGUCGUGCAUCUCCUCAGCUCCCCCUAACAGCUCCGGUCUUGUGGAGCCAGCAGAUGGGGCUGGGGCUGCUAGAACUGAGAAGAAGAGACCUAAUUUUGGGAGCUGUGAAGUCAAGCAUGUCACCUCAGAGAUGGUUAGAGCUCAGCCGCUUAUAAGUUCCAGUAUUAAGUGGCGUCAGAGCCUGGGACUCCCCACUACUGAAGCAAGGAGUCCGUGUCUCAGUCGAACCCCAUUCCAUAUUGCCUCAUCCAAAACCAGAGAGACUGCAUCAGUAACUCCACCAUAUCUGAGGGGUGCCAUCAACCCCAAACCACAGAUACCAGUCAAUACUUCGUCCUCUGCAAGGAGCAGCAGAACAAUCAUACCUUCCCCCUCCCCUGCAGAGACAUCUGUAAAUACCAUGUCCCAUUCCCCUUUUUCAAGUCUUUUGUCUGCUGCCAGGCAGCAUCCAGGGGUGGCCUUCACACAGGGCCUUGCACCGGGAGGCUACAGGGCACAGUACUCUAUAGCAGGGCAGACUGAGAGUAUGGUGCACAUGUCCAAGGACCAGAGUGUGUUUGUCGAACUGGAAGCAAAUAGGACCAACCACGUCCAGGUCCGAAGCAGGGAGAUGAAUGAGGGAAAGGAGAGAAGGGACUUGCCAAGUGAGAAAAAAAGAGAAGGGGAAAGCAUGAAGACAGAUGAUAAAGUAGAGCUAGAAAGAGCAGAUGAAGACUUUAUAGAUGUGACAGAUUGUCAGUCAGACAAAAGGAGAAAUCCAGAGAAGAAGCAAGGGGUUUCCACAUUGUUUCUGUCAAGUGCCAUAGACCCUGGCAUCACUGUUAGCCCUUGCAUAGCUCUCAACACAGAGGAGAGGAACAGGAGGUUCAACCGGAGAUACCUGGCUCUAAACUGCAAGAAGGAAAUAGCUUUUUUCACUGGAGCUCGUGUGCAGAACACUGUGGAACAUGUCAAAAGAAAGCUCCAGUUUGUUCAAGUGUUGAGGAGGAAUGAUACAGCCAGCCGGCCAGCACAGUUUAACUAAAGAACUAUGGGAAGGCAGAGCACAUAUUGAUGUUCAUCAUUAGGCCUGUUGUGUUGAGGAAGAAUUGUUUUAUAAUUAAUUGCUCACCGUUUGGAUUUGAUGUUGCAGAAUGUGGUAGUCUUUUUAAGGCUCCGCAGGGCUGUUAAGUAUUUUCCCAGUUAUACAUAGUAGCACACAGAGCUCAUUCCCUCUCUGUGUGCUUUGUUUUUUUUCCUCGUUGAUUUUUUUCUCUAUUCAUGGAUCUGUCCCAGAGUUAAUCCCUGAAUUACAUCGUUCCUGACUUUAAUCUUGAACGUUUAUGUGUUUAAAAAUAUGGAGACUGUACCAGACCCAGGGCAAGCAUGACUUGUGUUACACUAAACGGUGGUCACUUUUUGUCAGGGUACGUGUGUUCUUGUUCGACACUGCACGUGAACAUUGUUACAUAUUUCCUUUUUCGGACGCGAUAUUUGUAACAUUGUUGCUCGGUUUCUGUUGUGUAACCGGU